AUGGAUUACGAAAAGGCAGAAAUCGCAGCCUUCAAGUGUGUUGUUGAUACUCUUUAUCUUCGUGGUUCUGAAAAUGGAGAAUUUGGUCAAUUUGUAUUUGACUCGUUCAAGGCCAUUGCAGAGGAGCGUGCAGAUACAUUGUUUGCCGACAAGCCUUUCGGUGCUCUUUUCAACGUCGCUCCUCCUCCUCCUCCUCCUCCUCCUUCUCCAGAGUACGGCCUGCAAGGAAACGUUACAAACGCACCAAAUCCUUACGCUCUCACACCUGCAAAAUUGGAAGCCAGCAAGUAA